GUACUCGUCAGCGCUGUGCUCCUCCCUUGUGUCCGUGAGCGAAGCGCCAGCAUCCAAGAGGUUCGCGAUCGCUUCGGGCCGGUCGUGGGCUCAAUGGUGGAGGACUCGGUCUGGCUCUCGCAGCUUCCCGACCGGGUCGGCCUGCUCGAUGAUGAUGGCAGCAGAUUCCUGCGGGAGUACAUGGUGGCAGCGUCAAGGGACCAUCGGGCUGUGAUAGUCAUGCUGGCGGAUCGGCUUAAUGCGCUGAGAAAGAUCGAAGAAGCUCCCUUGUACGACCAGCAUCUGAAGGCGCUGGAGAGCCUUCAAGUCUUCUCGCCACUCGCUCACGCACUUGGAGUGGGAAAGUGGCUGUGGGAGCUGGAAGACCUCUCGUUCCGUGCCUUGUUCCCGGACUCGUACACGUCUGUCGAGCAGUGGCAGCUGGAGCUGUGGGAAGUCUCGAGCAACAUGAUGGAGCAGGCAAAGGUGGACGUGCUAAAGGCGCUGAAUGAGAACGACUUCUUGCUGGAACAUGUCGAACGAUACGCCAUCACAAGCCGAAGGAAGAGUGUUUUCUCCACCUUCAAGAAGAUGUUCAGGUCGAACAAGAAACUUGAGGAUGUCAAGGAUGUUUUCGCCAUGCGAGUUGUCAUUGGUCUCAAGAGUCAGUUCAGGUCAGACGACUCGGUGCAAGUCCGCACAUGCACGGAAGCAUAUGGAGCAGUGAGGAAGGCGCUAGUCGGCUGGGAAGAGCCGCGGGGGAGGUUUAAAGACUACGUGACACACCCAAAGCCCAAUGGCUACCAGUCGAUCCACACGACGCUCGACAGCCCGUUGAAGCUUCCGCUUGAAGUUCAGAUCCGCACGGAGGAAAUGCAUGCGGCUGCAGAGUUCGGAGACGCAUCACACAACUUGUACAAAGGGGGGAUC